UAUAACAUAAUAGAAUUUAUUACGGUGUCUCUAUUGUUACUCCGAUUAUUAUUAUCAGUUAAAUUCUGUGCCUUGGGACACUACCACCAAAAAUAAAAUAUAAUUUUUAAACCUCAUCUAAGUAAUUUUGAAAAAUCCAUAUUAAACUGCAAAAUUUAAUAUUUAAUAGAUAAGACAGUAUCAUGUCGUUUCGUAAAAGGAGUGAAAUAAUAGGAGGAGGUCCAGCCCCUGCAAGAGGGUUGCCAGGUACUAGACCAAUUUCUCAAAUUCCUGGAAGAUCACUGGUUGGUCCUAAUCCUCUUCGUGGAGGACCAAAUGUUAGAUCAAUACCAGGAAGAGAUGGUAUACGUUCACCUCAACCUCAACCUCAACCUCAACCUCAAUCCAAAAAAGAAGAAUUUGAACCUAUAAUCAAGAACAUUUCAAUUCGUCCAUCAUUAAUAACAUCACAACCAACUAUAUCAACAGGAGUAUCUGAUUUAGAUAAAAUAUUAUUACAUCAAGGUUUACCAUUAGGAAAUUCUUUACUUGUAGAAGAAUCUAGUACAACUGAUUUUUCUUCAGUCAUUUUAAGAGCAUUCACAUCUCAAGGUAUAAUUCAUAAUAGAAUUAAUAAAGAUGAACUUUAUUCUCAUGUUAUAGUUGUAGGAGUUCCAAGUCAAUGGGCAAAUGAUUUACCAGGAUUAUAUAAGGGUUCAUCAAAGGAACAAAAGAAAGCAAAAAUUGUUGAAAAUGAAUCUAAAAUAAGUGUAUCUAAUUUAUCUACUCGUCAAUCAUCAACUAGAAAUGAAAAUGAUUUAAAAAUUGCUUGGAGAUAUGGUUUAAAUUCAAAACUGCCAGAAUCUGAAGAUUCAAAAGAUAUAACUUCUUAUGAAAAUUAUAAUCAUCAAUUUGAUAUUACUCAAAAAUUAUCACCUGGUCCUAAUGGUAAUGAAAUAUCAUUUAUACCUAUUUCAAAUAAUUUUAUGGUAGUAAUUUCUCAAAUUGAAGGAAUUAUUAAGAAUCAAUUAAAAUCAAAUCCAUCUAAAAUUAUACGAUUAGUUAUACCUUCACUUUUAAAUCCUACCAUCUACAAUCCUAUACUUAGUACACCUACUUUUAUUAUACCAUUUAUACAUUCAUUAAGAGCUCAAUUACGUAAAUAUGAAAAGAAUUUAUCAUUAAUAGCAUCAAUAAGUUUAGAACUUUAUCCUCGAGAUUCAUCUUUAACUUCAACAUUAGAAAAUUUAUUUGAUUCAGUAAUUCAUUUACAACCAUUUAAUCAAGCUAUGAGUCAAUUAAUUGAAAGAGCAUAUAAAAAUGAGCCAUCAAAGAUUCAACAAGGUUUGGUUAAUAUAAUUAAAUUACCUGUAUUAUCUGAAAAGGGAUUAAUGAUGAUUCAUGAAGGAGAAUAUGCUUUCAAAAAUGGAAGAAAGAAAUUUGAAAUUGAAGAUUGGGGAAUUCCUGUUGAAGAUGUUGGAAAGGAAGAAGAACAACAAACAACAAAAAAGAUUGAUUUUUAGGAAUUGACAUAAGUAAAGUUUGUAUUUAUAUAGAAAAAAAAAUACAUUUCAAGGUAAUUUAUUCUCUAAUCUAUCAAGUUUUGCUAUUAUUUGUAAUUGAGUAUUUUGAAUCUCAUUUAUUCUUCUUAAGAGAUACAUAAAUUGAUCUCCAGA